AUGUCCACUGAGGGUGAUAAGUUGCUCUUAUUACCUUCAGUACAACCAUGUCUCCACUUUACUCUAUCAGAGAUUCAAUCCGCAACCAAAGACUUUGAUGAUAAACUGAUCAUUGGACAAGGAGGAUUCGGAAAUGUCUACAAAGGUAGUAUUUGUAUCCAAGAGACUAGUCAUGUUGUCGCCAUCAAACGGUUGGAUUCUAAAUCCAAUCAAGGGGCACCAGAGUUUAGGGCCGAAAUUCAUAUGCUUUCUAAGUUGCGCCAUUGUCAUUUGGUGUCUCUGAUUGGUUUUUGUGAUGACAACAAUGAGAUGAUCCUUGUUUAUGAGUAUAUGCCCCGUGGAACCCUAUACGAUCAUUUACACAAAGCUGAUGCCCCAUUGAAUUGGGUGCAACGACUGAAUAUAGCAAUUGGAGCUGGACGUGGAUUGGAUUACCUUCACACUGGUGUUGGUACUCAACAUGGAGUGAUACAUCGUGAUGUGAAGAGCUCGAACAUUCUUUUGAAUAAGAAUUGGGAUGCUAUGAUAUCAGAUUUCGGGUUAUCCAAAAUCGGGCCAACGAAUCAAUCAUUUUCUUUUCUUGAUGCAAGUGUUAAAGGCACAUUCGGGUAUCUGGAUCCAGAGUAUUUCUAUACAAGAAAGCUGACAAGGAAAACAGAUGUGUAUGCAUUUGGGGUUGUAUUGUUUGAAUUGCUAUCAGGGAGGCUUGCAGUCGAUGAACGCAAUGGUGAGGAGGAAUGUAGUUUGGUAAGAUGGGCUCAAAAGUGUGUGAAAGAACGCAAAUUAGAUCAAAUGGUUGAUCCCAAUAUCAAGGGAACAAUUUUUCCCAAAUGUUUAAAACGGUUUGCACAAAUUGCAUACCGUUGUUUGCUUAGUGUUCUAAAGGAACGUCCAACCAUCGCUGAGGUUGUGGUCUCACUUCAGGCUUUACUUGAACUACAACAGAGACAUGAAAAUUCAGCUGAACCAUCAAGCAUAACUGGAUUCACUUGGAAGAUUCAUAAGUAUCUUGUUUCUGCAACUAAACAGAACUCUGAACAAAGUGGCACAAGUUUAUCAAAGAGCCAUGUAAACAUGAAUCGGGGCUCUUCAACUAACAAGGAUGGCAACAAUCAGGGUGAAAUGCGUCCUCAGCCUUGGGAAUUGUUGGUUACAGAUCUUAAAUGUUUCACGUAUUAUGACCUGAUGCGUGCUACUGAGAACUUGGGAGAUGACAAGAGGUAUCUGAAGGCUUACAAAGGUUGGAUCGAUAAAAAAACAUAUUCCCCCACAGAAGAUAAUACCGGAUUGGCUAUUGCUGUUAAGAGAAUUGAUUUCUACAAAACUGCAUGCUGGUUGCAUUUGAAAGAAUUUAAGCACCCCAACCUUGAAAAACUCAUAGGAUAUUGCUUCGAAGACCAACUAGGCAAACAAUUGUUCCUUGUGUAUGAAUUCAUGCCUAAAGGAAACUUUAAUGAUCUCCUGAAUAGUGGUGUGGUAUCACGACUUCCAUUGGUUAUAAAGGUGAAAAUAGCAGUAGGAAUUGCCCGAGGGCUUGUUUUCUUGCACAAGACACAAUAUCAAUUUAAUGUCUUUGAGUCUCGGCUUGACAGACACAUGAUAUUACUGGAUGAGGAUUUUACAGCAAAGCUUUCAGGUUAUGAUGUUACUAAGUUAGCACGUGGUCGCUAUCCUCGAAGUAUCAAUCCUCCUGAAGAUCUAGUGUAUGCUCCUUGGGUUGAGCUCUCUCAGCUACAAAGCAAUCUCUCGGGUUUUACAGUGGUAUUUGCAGAGUUGCUAACAGGGAAACGAGUAUGUGAUGAUGAGGAAUUUCAAAAGAUUGAUGAUUUACUUAUGCACGAAGGAAAAACCUCCUUGGUUGAUGUUGCCCAAUCAUGUUUCAGAAUCUGCAAUGAGAUUGAAACACUAAUGGUGCGUUUGGUUGUAGAAAAUUUUCCAGCUUUCUAG